AGCCUCAGGCCCCACCCCUAGGGAUGCUGGUUAUCCACAACUGCCAAUAGCUCUCUCUGGGCCCCUUCGGCCUAUGCAGUCCAUCUACCUCUCUAGAUCCCCAAUCCUAUGGGCCCACUUCCAGCUCCCCCAGGACCUCUAGAACACUCUCCUUCAAAAUGACUCAUCAGGCCUCUAUCUGAAGAGUGAGAAGAUCUUGAGAGCAUGUUCAUUUUCAUCACACAUGGAGAUAAUCAGCAGUUUCUGGCCAAUAUCAAUUGCUCUGUCCUUCUGUUGAUGCACUACACCCGCAGAAAAGUAGGGUUGCCUAAAACAGACACCAUCGACUUGUGUGAUGAAACAGGGACAAUGAAGAUGUUUUUCGUGAUGAAGACCCCUGGAGACUAUGCCAGCAAAUUCCUUACAGCUCGAAGCACCUACUACGUUUGUAAGGUGGAGCGUGGAGCACGAGGAACCCGACUAGAGAAUGCCUACAAAGCUUUUGUGCCCCUUCUGAAGAAUCCAGAACCUGAGCUAAUCGAAAACUUGCGCUCACAAUGUGAUGUCAUGGAGAAGAAUCGAUUGAAAAUGCUUAAAAUCCAAGAAGCCAAGAAAGUCGUUGCAAUCGAAUCCACUGCGAACGCCCCAUCUAAGUCUACCGGAAGAUCAGAUGAAGAGGGGCCCCCUCCCCCUCGCAGGGGUCUGACCUUUAAGACCAGAGCAGACGUUUUCAGUAGAAGGGAUAGACAUCGCUAACUGAAUAAAGUGACCAAGUGAGAGCAGUAA